GGAAGGAAAACACAGCGUCUAAAGGUGGGGGUGGGAGAGAUCGGCUCGACAGUAACACGCAGAGCUGUUCCAAAAGAAAACAAAACCAAACCCCACCACCUGGUCCGCCUUGGUCGGUAAUAAAAUGCCAUCGGAUCAACAGAGCUUGUGUAAACUAAUCCCACCUCCCACUCACAAGUCAGCGUUACAUUUAGGAAGGAGACAGGGUAGGAUACCCAACUUGGAAUGACUUGUAAUCACUUUACUGAACCGCCUCUGAUAGCGAACCCGUGACCCCACCCUCCCAGCCACACUUGUAGCCAGAACUGGAUCGUUGAUCAGAUAUUUCCCCAGACAGUCCAUUAGAUCAGACUCCCCGAACGUGAAGAAGUGAGAAGCCCCCGGGCAAUCGGCGAGGAGAAUCCCAAUGCUGGCUAGGAAAACACACCCCUCUCUCCAGCCGCCCGGAUUGCCAAACAUCCAGUCUUCCUGUACUUAAGGGGACUUUUGACUCUCCCCGACGCCUCUCAUUUGCAAUCGAUGUCUCAUUCAAGACCAAGGUCAGGUUAUCAAUCUUUAUUAUAGAUGCCCUGGACCAGGGUGUCUGGAGCCUCUACUGCCGCAGAGAAAUGUCCGGAGACAUCGGGGAGGACUCCUGGCAAGCAGGCUGCUGUAAGAGGGAACUCGAUGCCACCGCAACAGUACUGGCGAACCGGCAAGAUGAAAGCGAGCAGUCCAGAAAGCGGCUUAUCGAGCAGAGCCGAGAGUUCAAGAAGAACACUCCAGAGGAUUUGCGCAAGCAGGUAGCGCCGCUGCUGAAGAGCUUCCAGGGGGAGAUUGAUGCACUGAGUAAAAGAAGCAAAGAAGCUGAGGCAGCCUUCUUGAAUGUCUACAAAAGAUUGAUUGACGUUCCAGAUCCCGUGCCGGCUCUGGACCUCGGGCAGCAACUCCAGCUCAAAGUGCAGCGUCUGCACGACAUUGAAACAGAGAACCAGAAGCUGCGGGAAACUCUGGAAGAGUACAACAAGGAAUUCGCCGAAGUGAAAAACCAAGAGGUUACGAUAAAAGCACUUAAAGAAAAAAUCCGAGAAUAUGAACAGACUCUGAAGAACCAAGCGGAGACUAUAGCUCUCGAAAAGGAACAAAAGUUACAAAAUGAUUUUGCAGAAAAGGAGAGAAAGCUGCAGGAGACACAGAUGUCCACCACCUCAAAGCUGGAGGAAGCGGAGCACAAAGUCCAGACUCUGCAGACAGCCCUGGAAAAAACCCGAACAGAAUUAUUUGACCUGAAAACCAAAUACGAUGAAGAAAUUACUGCCAAGGCCGACGAAAUUGAAAUGAUCAUGACGGACCUUGAAAGAGCAAACCAGAGGGCAGAGGUGGCUCAGAGAGAGGCGGAGACCUUGAGGGAACAGCUCUCGUCGGCCAACCACUCUCUCCAGCUGGCCUCGCAGAUCCAGAAGGCGCCGGACGUGGAGCAGGCCAUAGAGGUGCUGACCCGCUCCAGCCUGGAAGUGGAGUUGGCCGCCAAAGAGCGGGAGAUCGCCCAGCUGGUGGAGGACGUGCAGAGACUCCAGGCCAGCCUCACGAAGCUGCGGGAGAACUCGGCCAGCCAGAUCUCCCAGCUCGAGCAGCAGCUGAGUGCCAAGAACAGCACGCUCAAACAACUGGAAGAAAAACUCAAAGGACAGGCUGACUAUGAGGAAGUGAAGAAAGAACUAAGCAUUCUGAAAUCCAUGGAGUUUGCACCGUCCGAGGGAGCUGGGACACAGGACGCAUCCAAGCCCCUGGAGGUGCUGCUGCUGGAGAAGAACCGCUCGCUGCAGUCCGAGAAUGCCGCGCUGCGCAUCUCCAACAGCGACCUGAGCGGGUCAGCCAGGAGAAAAGGGAAAGACCAGCCUGAGAGUCAGCGUCCUGGACCUUUGCCGGCCUCCCCUCCUCCUCAGUUGCCCCGCAACACGGGGGAGCAGGCUUCCAAUACUAAUGGUACACACCAGUUCUCACCAACGGGGUUAACGCAAGACUUUUUCAGCUCAUCCCUGGCAAGCCCCAGCCUGCCCCUGGCUUCUACGGGAAAAUUUGCACUAAACUCUCUCCUCCAGCGACAGCUAAUGCAGUCCUUCUACUCCAAGGCCAUGCAGGAAGCAGGAAGCACAAGCGUGAUUUUUUCAACAGGUCCAUACAGCACAAACUCCAUAUCUUCCCAAAGUCCAUUACAACAAAGCCCAGAUGUAAAUGGCAUGGCCCCGUCUCCCAGCCAGUCAGAAAGUGCUGGGAGCGUCUCCGAGGGCGAGGAGAUAGACACUGCGGAAAUCGCCCGGCAGGUGAAGGAACAGUUGAUCAAGCACAAUAUCGGACAGCGCAUUUUCGGACAUUAUGUCUUGGGACUGUCUCAAGGGUCCGUGAGCGAGAUUCUGGCCCGGCCCAAGCCAUGGAAUAAACUGACCGUUCGCGGCAAGGAGCCCUUUCACAAGAUGAAGCAGUUCCUCUCGGACGAGCAGAACAUCCUGGCUCUUCGCAGCAUCCAAGGCAGACAAAGAGAGAAUCCAGGCCAGAGCCUGAACAGACUAUUUCAGGAAGUACCGAAACGAAGAAAUGGGUCUGAAGGUAACAUCACGACCCGGAUCCGAGCCUCCGAGACCGGGUCCGAUGAAGCAAUCAAGUCCAUCCUGGAACAAGCCAAAAGAGAGCUGCAGGUGCAGAAAACCGCAGAGCCGGCCCAGCCUUCUUCCGCAUCCAGCAGCGGGAGCUCGGACGACGCCAUCCGCUCCAUCCUGCAGCAGGCCCGCCGCGAAAUGGAGGCCCAGCAGGCCGCCCUCGACCCCGCCUUAAAGCCAGCGCCACUGUCCCAGGCCGACAUUGCCAUCCUGACCCCCAAGUUGAUACCCUCCUCGCCCAUGUCGUCCGUGUCCGGCUACCCUCCGCUCGCCCUCUCCCUGAAGAAGCCCCCGCCCGCCCCCGACGCCAGCGCCUCCGCUCUGCCCAACCCCCCGGCCCUCAAAAAAGAGUCCCAGGACGCGCCCGGGCUGGACCUCCAGGGAGCGGCCGAGUCUGCACAGGGCGUCCUGAGACACGUGAAGAACGAGCUGGGCCGCAGCGGCGUGUGGAAGGACCACUGGUGGAGCACCGUCCAGCCGGAGAGGAAGAGCGCCGUUCCUCCCGAGGACACCAAGCUGGAAGAAGCCAGCAGCGCCAAGGAGAAGGGCGGUGGCGGCCAGCCGCGGGCGGAGCGCGGCCAGCUCCAGGGACCCUCGUCGUCAGAGUACUGGAAGGAGUGGCCCAGCGCCGAGUCGCCGUACUCCCAGAGCUCGGAGCUGAGCCUGACCGGAGCCAGCCGCAGCGAGACGCCCCAGAACAGCCCCCUGCCCUCCUCCCCGAUCGUGCCCAUGUCCAAGCCCGCCAAGCCCUCGGUCCCUCCGCUGACCCCGGAGCAGUACGAGAUCUACAUGUACCAGGAGGUGGACACCAUCGAGCUCACCCGGCAGGUGAAAGAGAAGCUGGCCAAGAACGGCAUCUGCCAGAGGAUCUUCGGGGAGAAGGUACUGGGCCUGUCCCAGGGCAGUGUCAGUGACAUGCUGUCCCGGCCGAAGCCUUGGAGCAAGCUGACCCAGAAAGGCCGAGAACCCUUCAUCCGGAUGCAGCUCUGGCUGAACGGCGAGCUGGGCCAGGGUGUCCUGCCCGUCCAAGGGCAACAGCAAGGGCCAGUCCUCCAUUCUGUGACGUCACUACAGGACCCCCAGCAGCAGGGCUGCGUGAGUUCAGAAAGCACUCCCAAGACCUCUGCCAGCUGCAGCCCUGCGCCCGAGUCGCCGAUGAGCUCUAGCGAAUCAGUGAAGAGUUUGACUGAACUGGUCCAACAGCCCUGUCCCCCCAUUGAGAUGAAUAAGGACGGCAAGCCUCCGGAGCCCAGCGACCCGCCCGCCUCAGACUCCCAGCCCGCCACGCCACUGCCUCUCUCGGGACACUCGGCCCUCAGCAUUCAAGAGCUGGUGGCCAUGUCUCCCGAGCUGGACACCUACGGCAUAACCAAGAGAGUCAAGGAGGUGCUGACAGACAACAACCUCGGUCAGCGCUUAUUUGGGGAGACCAUCUUGGGGCUCACCCAAGGCUCCGUCUCCGACCUCCUUGCUCGCCCAAAACCCUGGCACAAGCUCAGUCUGAAGGGACGGGAGCCCUUCGUCCGGAUGCAGCUAUGGCUGAAUGACCCCAACAACGUGGAGAAGUUGAUGGACAUGAAACGGAUGGAAAAGAAAGCCUACAUGAAGCGGCGGCACAGCUCGGUCAGCGACAGCCAGCCCUGUGAGCCCCCCUCCGCUGGCAUCGACUACAGCCAGGGCGCCAGCCCGCAGCCCCAGCACCAGCUGAAGAAACCCCGCGUGGUGCUGGCUCCUGAGGAGAAAGAAGCUCUGAAGCGAGCGUAUCAGCAAAAGCCAUACCCGUCACCAAAAACCAUCGAGGAACUCGCCACCCAGCUCAACUUGAAAACCAGCACCGUCAUCAACUGGUUCCACAAUUACAGGUCUCGGAUCCGCAGAGAACUGUUCAUUGAGGAGAUUCAGGCCGGGAGCCAGGGCCAGGCCGGGGCCAGCGACUCCCCGUCGGCCCGAAGCGGCCGAGCCGCGCCCAGCUCGGAGGGCGACAGCUGCGACGGCGUGGAGGCCGCCGAGGGCCCGAGCGCCGCGGACGCCGAGGAGUCGGGCGGCCCCGCGGCCGCCGCCAAGUCUCAGGGAGGGCCGGCCGACGCGGCCGCGGCCCCGGAGGAGCGGGAGGAGCCGCCCAGGCCGGCGGAGAAGGCGCAUCCGCCGCCCUCGGGGGCCCCGGCCCCGGACGACGCGGACGACGAGGGCCGGCCCCGGGCGCCGCCGCCGCCCCCUCCGCCGCCGCCGCCGCCGCCCGAGGGCCCCGCCGACGGCCCGGGGCCCGUGCCAAACCCCGCCGCCGCCGCCGCCGCCGCCGCGCCCGCGGCCGGGGAGGACGCCGCUACCUCAGCCGCCCCGCCGGCGGAGGGCCCCUGCCGGGCCCGGGACGGCGCCGACAGGAGUUCCGCUUUGCCAAGCACCAGCGCGCCGGCGGCCGCCCGCAGGGCCAGCUCGCUGCAGAGCCUCUUCGGCCUCCCGGAGGCGGCGGGCGCCAGGGACUCUCGAGACAACCCCUUGAGGAAGAAGAAGGCCGCGAACUUGAACAGCAUAAUCCACCGCCUGGAGAAGGCCGCCAGCCGGGAGGAGCCCAUCGAAUGGGAGUUCUGAGAGGGCGCUGCCCGCCCGUCCCGCCGAGCCGAGCCGAGCAGAGUCGGGCCGAGCCGAGCCGGGCCGAGCUGGGCCGGGCCGGGCCGAGCUAAGCCGGGUCUGGCCGAACCGGGCCGGGCCGAGCCGAGCUGGGCCGAGCCGAGCCGAGCCGAGCCGAGCCGAGCCGAGCUGAGCUGGGCAGGGCUGGGCCGGGCAGAGGGGCGGGCGCCGACUCCGCGGCCUGGACCGUGUUGCGCACUUAACCGCCCUGCGGGCCACAGGGCAAAAUCGCCAUAGGCCAAGGUGCAUAUAGAAAACAAAGGAGCAUUAAGCCCAAUCUAUGUCGUGUUUUCAAGGAAGAAAACGGAAAUGUGUAGUCGAGCUUUUUUGUACCCUGAAGUGUUUUUUUUUAUUGCCCUAAGUGAUUUCCACAGGUUCUGGAAUAACUCUUACAGCUUUGCCUUGCGCCCUCCUCUUUCGUGUGGGCUUUAAAAAAAAAAAAAAAAAUCAAACCCACAUAUUAAAAGGGGGCUUUUUAUCUGCCAUCUAAUGGCUUCAGAGCGAUAAUACACUAUUAUCUUCUUAAACCAGGAAAAAAAAGGGGGGGGGGGUGGGAGGGGGGAUUUUUCAGAAAAAUUAAAAAAAGAAAGUUUUUGUAGCUGUUCAGUUGCCACUAAGAGAUUGCACAGUCAAACCGACUCUAAACACACUAGUUUGGAUUCCUAAAUAUUUUCAAGUAAAGAAUCUUCUCGUUUGAAACUUUGAAUUAAAAUAAAACACAUUUACUCCACAUAUUUUUUAACAGAAAGAGAAGUCACAUCAGGAAACGAUCUGAUUUUGUGGUAGCUGACGUAGUGUUUUCUUGUACGUGAAUAGAAUCCUGACAUGUAGUGCACAUGAUCCAUAGCUUUAACUGGCUCUGGGCUUUUGCUGGCCAGGGUCUGUUUAAUACACUCCAUUCUAGGCCAAAUCAGGACAAAAAGAAAAGAUCCGAAUCUAGGUAUUUUAUAAUCUGCUUUUUAACCUCUAACCGCAGAGCACGCUGAUCAGACCUCAUAUCUCGGAGGUUAGGAGACAAGUUAGAACUGUAGCAUGUCCCCGUUCAUUCUGUUUUAAUUUAUGGUGUCUACGUCUGCGUUAGUGAGUCCGCACACGUGCGAGCGUGUAAAGGAAGGAGGAAAGAGUGGGCCGCCGAGGUGGCAGCAGGCAGCUUGGGGGCGUGGGGGGGGCCGCAGGGGUCCCGCCCCGCGUGGUCAGCAGGCUUCCCUUGGCACAGAAGGCAGCACACCUCUCAGCACUCUCCCGGGCGCCUGAUGGACUGAGCCCCACCAGGGGCCGCCGCUCCCCGGGCCCGGCAGGCUCUGGCGCACGCGCGCUCUCUCUCUCUCUCUCUCUCUCUCUCUCUCGCUCUCGCUCUCCCGCUCUUCCCACCACAAGCACUGAGGACUGUUGACCGUCGUGGGAAGCUUCCUUCCCUGCAGCGGAGAGAACGUGGCAGUCCGGGCUCUGCCCUCACCCCUGUAGAGAUGGCCCACACUCCCACCAAAACGUUGUUGCUCUUCACUUCCAGACCAGACCAUCCAUCGACCCUUCAUUCAUUCUGCCUCUUGGAACAGUUCUUUUAUGCACAGUGUAGGGCAGUCUAAGUACAAACCUGAAGUCUAACUUGUCUCUGAUUCCUCCUGUUGUCUAUGUGUAUACGCGUGAGAAUAGAGGUGGGUGAGAGUGUGCGUGUGUGCGUGUGUGCAAUUUUAUACGUCUGUGUAUUUUCUUAAGUACCUGUGCACACAUAGAGUGCAUUACUGCCACCUUUUUUCAAUAAGCUGUUUUAUCAGUUAUGGCUUCUACAAGUUUGCUAAUUUAGACUCCUUUAUUGCCAUAUCUUUAAACUAACAAUAGAUGAUUUCGGUAUAUAUAUAUAUUUUUUUUUGCUUAUUUAUAGGUGCUGUAUUUUAUUAUCUGAUUGUUAGGAAGGGAUGAAAGGGGCAAAUAUUCUUUAGAGGGAUAGACUGCCGGCAGUAUUGGGUAUAAUUUACAAGAUGUAGUUGUCAUACUGUAUAUUACUGAUUGAAAACUUUUUGACCGUAUUGUGUAUCAUUGAAACCUUUGUCUUAGGUCAACAUCUUUGGAUGGCAUUUUAAUGGUGCAUUCAUUAUUUCUUAAGUUUAAUUAAUAUUACCUUUUUUUUUUUGAUGGGGGGGUGGGAGGGAGUUAUAAUUUUCAAGGUAUGCCCCCGCUAUUACACCUCAGUGUGCUUGUAUUAAUUAACUUGUAGGACUUUGACUGUAAGAUGUGAAACCACAUUUCUUGCAUGAUGUUUUAGAAAUUACGUAGUUCAUUUACAGUCCUUUAACCUGCAACUGCAGCACUUAGUUAAAGUUUUCACAAAUUUAAGAGUCACUACACUAAAGACAAUGCCUUUUCAUGAAUAAGAAGUUUUCAGAAGGCUCUAGGAGGCUGGGAGGCAGGCUAUUUGCCUUUUGAUGGUCGUAUCAUCUCUGAACUCGAUACCUGGUUCAGUGAGAAGAGAAUUCAAAAUGGAGGAGCUUAAGGGGAAACAGAUUAACAUCUGGCUCGAUUCAGGUGCAUUAAGAAGAGCGAGUUUGCGUUAGUGACCCCCCCCCCCAGGACAGUGAGUAGCAGAGCCCCUGACAGUACUGUGGUGUCCUCUCCACGAAAACCUCGAGGGAAUCGUGUCAUCAUGUGUGACGAAUCUCUAAAUAUCUGAUUUUUCAUUGCAAUGAAAAGCAGGGUGUUAACCAGAAAUAUUAGGGUAGUGUUUUAGUUUUCAAGGCAUGACUGUUAUUUACCAAGGCGUUAAAUCCGAGGGAAUUGAAAAAAGUAUAGAUUUGUCCAUCCUCGUGGCCAAAUAGUAACAGUCUAAAACAGCCACUUUGGCUCUUCCAAGCGAUUUAGUCAUUUUUGUUGGGUUUUGGUGAUGGUGGUGGUGGUGGUGGUGGUGGUGGUGGUUUUUAAACUAGGUUUAUGUUGACUUCCGCUCUACCUUUUUUGCCAGACUUACAUCUGGGUGCUCGAUACAAUCAGUUGGUUAAAGUUUGCUUGCGGUUCUGUGUUUGUAUUUUUUCUCUAUUUAUAUAUAUAUAUUUUUUUUUAUCGUGAUCCCAACCCUAUGAUCUUUUGUGUUAAGCUUUCACUGUAAUACUUCUAAGAGCUGCCACUAUAUAACAGAAACCUGUCAGGGGGUCGGGGGAGUGUCCCCCCUCCUCGUUGCACCUCAGUGUGAGUCUAAGGGUUGAUCUUUCAUCUUGAUAAGCAAUAUUCAAGUGCCUUGAACAGCAUCCUCUCCGGGGGGGCUUACCUUCAGCUGGCUGACAUUCCGAGCCGUAGCCCCCACAGGCAGCCGACCUCCUCCUUACGCUCCACCAGUUUAAAAAGCUGAUUUGUACCUCUCCCCUGGGGAAAGCGGUUCCGUAUAAAACACUAACACUUAAUUACAAGCUCCAUUAUACCAUUUUAAAUGGCUUCUUUUUGUUAAUUGGAGGCAGUGUUCAUAACUUAAGGGUUUUGCCAUUACUUAGCUGGCUAAGUGGAGGUUCGGUGUCAAAUCCGCGUUCGCGUUCGGCCUCUUGACCCUUGGUUCCAGCCACACUCCCUUUGUGGGAUCGGAGGCGGAAGGCGUGUGGGCUCCGUCCUAGACCUGUGCCCGCUCGCCUCCACCGUCUGGCUCCCAGGCGACCGCCAGCCUUGAACUUCUGGAUCAGUCGGCCCGUCCGGGAUCUCUGUCCGCCAGACUGGUCUUCAGAAAGGAUUGCCGUAGCCAUCCAGCUCAACUCGAGUAUGCUCGGAGCCGACCUGCGUGAGGAACAUCACAACAUAAGGUGGCUCGUGGUCAGCAGGCUGUCCCGGGAUGCCGGCUUGGAGAAGUCUCCAGGAAGUGCCAGGAUCUUGACCCGUAUGACCACCAUCAAACCAUGGCCGCUGUGUCUGUGAGAGUGACUGAGGCAAAAAGAUGACGGUUGCCUCCCCGGGGCCGGUUCCCUGUGCUUCCAAAGCACAGGUGCCUCCCUGCCCAGUCUCCUCCUUUUUGGCAUCUUCGUUGUUCUCCCCAUUUAAAACUCAUCCCCUCCGAUGUGGACGUUUGGGUCCGCUGGUUGGUGGUCCAGACCCAGAGUGCUACAGAGCUUGGGGUUGAGUGUCUGUGCUCUCUCUGGCCAUGGGAGACCCUCCCCAUGUACCGCCGCACCCCCCCCCCCAAACCGGCCCGGAGCCACGUCAGUCGUGCGGCUCAUGAGGAAACCAAGCAGAAGGCAGGUUGUACUCUAAUCCGAGGGAAAGCUCUGGUGUCGGCUCGUUGCCCUAAGAUCAUGCCCCAGUCGUGCCCUAAGAGGUCGGGACAAGAGUCACCGGACGGCUCAGUCCACAGGCCGGUGCCUUCCCGGCUGCAGGCGAACUGGGGUUCCUCCUGAACGCCUGCCCCCUCUGGCACGGUGAUCAAUGAACCCUGUUGACAUUCUAUGCAAUGUUUCUCAUUCCUCCUUAGAAAAACAAACCUCCCUGAAAGUAGCAGAGGAGCCGGGGGCGGGGGGGGCGGGGUCGGAAGGUGUACGCACGCCCUUCUGGGAUUAGCACAAAGUGAACCGGUGUUCGUGACCGACUACACCUGGAGCUGGGGGACGGCGGCCGUUGCCUUAAAUGCACUCUGCCGGGCGCCUCUGGACAGGCCUGUAAAAGCAAGAGUCCGCCCUCAGCCAUCCCGAGCCCCCACUUUCUGAGGCCAGUAAGCCAGCCGUGCGGGGGAGACGUAGCAAGGCGAGGUUCGGGUUAGCCGCGUCCCUUCCCUCCCUGGGAAGGACGGGAGGUCUGCUUCCCUCCCUGGGUGUCCUCCCUCGUCAGCACACUCCUCCUCCGUCCCCUUCUACCUCACUGACCUGUGCUCCCACUCGAUGCUACUCCCCACCCCGAGCCCCUCAGAACCGCGAGGCCCGAGUGGACUCCGGCGCGGGGGAGAGGGAAAACGCUAGAGGCGCGGCAUUCCUGAGUGUCUUGGCCUGGCGGGCAGGCUCCUUCCCCCUCUUCUCUUUUGUGAGCGCAACAUGGACGGACAGCUGUGCUCCACGAGGCACAUGGAUUUUUCUCUCGACUUCCACCUGUUCCUAACGCUCUGACAGCUGUUUCCUUUGCUGGCGGGGGCGGUCUCGGGCCUCAGAGGGCCUUGUCUUUGGCCUGCCUUUGCUUUCUGUCCGUUCCUGCUCAGCUGUUGGGCUCCAUCAAAGCCGUUUUUCCCUUGCCCUGGGCUGCCCCUACAUGGCCACGUGAGGACACUUCCCCAGGAUCCCUACCUGGCGUUGGGGAACUCUGCCAGACCUCCUUUGGAAGCCUCUCAAGGUCAGGAGAGGAGAUGGUGUUCUCCAGUCCACAAACCCAGUCUUCAAUCACGUGACUCUUCCCAAAAGAACAUGCCAGUUUCUAUGCAGUGCAGAGGAAGGAAGAAAAAAAAACAAAAACGGCUCCCUGAGCCGCCGGUUAGAUGUGGGUGCGCCCUCUCUGGUGGCCAGAGUAUUCUCCUGCCGGAACGACCCGGGAGCCUAACUGAAGAUUUGUGCCAUGAUCGCCUGCCUGCGCACCUGCCGGGAAAGCUCGCGCUUAGAAGUCCCCCCCACCACCCCAGUGCUUUUUGUCGUGUCGUCUGCGCCUCGGUGGCAACAGGAGAGCCUUCGUGACCACCGCCCCCACCCCUGUACCCAGGGCAGAGCUCCCACCCCAGGUGGCCAGACGGUGGCCUGGGACUCCAACGUGAUACAGUCCCGUUGCCCGGAACGUCUGCUGAGAGAAGGGUCCAGUUUGACAAAAAUCUUUCCAUUCCCAUCAGUUUCUGCCUUUUUGUAGAUGAAAACCAUCAGGAGAAGAAAACCAGUUCCCGAUGAAAGUUCCGAAAAGAUGCAGCCUGUGAACCCUUUACAGAUGUGCUGAAAAGCGGAGGCCCGAACCCAGGGGGUGAAUCCGGAAGGCAGAGGAGGGGCGUGGAGAGCAGUGAGCUGGGCAGGAAAUGAGCUCCGCCCGAGUUCCUCGCCCCAGCAGCCCUGGAGCCUCAUCCUGCGGAGGGAAGAAGGAAAGGCAGGUUCCCCGGGCGCUCUCCUCUCAGGGGACCUGCCCCCACCUGCCCAGGCCCUGCGGCCCUUCCUCCACCUCCCCUCCAAAGAUACCGUGACCACGCCGCCAGCGGUAUCUCCAUUCUCAUCUUUGCAUGAAGUGACAUUUAGCUUUAACAAGACAUUUCCAAAGCGCCUAGUCUCCUCCGGAAUGCUAACUUGAAAAGUUGGGCAUUGUAGGCGAAGAAUCCUAAAAAAGGCUAGUGAGAGAAAGGCAUUAGGCUAUGCAUAAAUGUGCACUUCCCCAUCCCCCUGGUAUUAGCCUUUUGAAAUACCUUUGAGUUGCUUUCCACGGAUCAUUUUCGCUUCUCCAAUGACGUUAAGUGUAGUCUUGUUACUGUCCUUUUCUGUAGUGUUUAGGCUUUCAUUUCUACCACAAAAUAAUGCUAUAUGCUAUGUAUCAAGCUUUCUGUGAUCAGAAAGGAAAGGUGCCUUAUAUCCCAAUGUCACGGCUACAUCCCUAUGGAAAAACUAAUCAGAAGCACAGUGUGUACGGAAGCGUUGGGACUUCCGUUGGUGAAACCAGACACCAUUCAGCAAGAUGCAUCGAAGUGGCACGGGGCUGCUUUUGUUCGAAAGUUCCUCUCCCUUUUCAUUUUCCCUUCUUUGUCUUUUUCUUUUUCUCCCCCCACCCCCCGCUUCCUUUUUUUUUUUUUGUAGUUUGCUUUAAACAGAAAGCACUUAAGUAGAUGACUAUGUGUAAAAAGCUCUGUGCAAUAGAAAUCAUUUUUCUUCAUUUUUAAGAGAUAAUGUAUUGCACACCAAAUGAACUCGAAGUAAGCUUUAGACCAGGACGAUUCAGGUUGUGGGUGAGCAUGUUCACUGUAGUUCCGUUUGUUCAUGAACUGAAGGGAAAACAGGCCUCCCCAGCAUCCCCCCCACCCCCCCCAUCUCAGCCUGCCUCUUACUGACCACCGAGCGAGGUGUGCAGGUGCACAGGGCACCCCCCCCCAGGCACCUGCUGGAACCGCUGGCUGGGGGAGGGGGGGCGGGGGGGCGGGGGGGGGCGGUGUUUGUGACCCAGCAGCUCAGAACCCUCCCAAGUGUGAGACUACAGCCAUCCCUUCCAGCACUUAACCUUUUCUUGUUGAGAUGGAUUGACUGCUACUGACCUGCCAGCGUGCGUGAGGAGAAUUAUAAAAGGAUGUUUCCUUGAGAAGAAAAAAAAAAAUUAUUUCUAUCCUCUUCUAUUUAUUGUUAGGUUAAUCAUUUAAGUACUUAUCAGGAGUGUAUUGUUGUUUUGUGUUGUUGUUGUUGUUGUUGUUGUUGUUAUAAAUGCUUCUUGCUAUCACUCCAGUGGUUACUGUCUUCUGCCUCCUGCCCUCUCCCCCCCCCCUCCGCCGCCCCCCAGUCCCCAAAAGAACCGAAGGGUCUGGGGUUUCGACUGGGGGGCCAGAGGGGGCUUCUCCAGCAGAAUCAGACAUCUGUGUCCAGAGUAGCCACUCAAAAACGAGCGGUCUCCGCGUGUCUCACUUUUUUAAACGAGAGAGUUGAAGAAGAACACUCAGUGCAAGGAACUCCAGAGACGUAGAAAAGCAAAGUUCAGUUCCCCAAAGCCUCCUAGAGCCUCUGGUUAAGACUUCUGGGUUCAUGAAGUUUCAGCGAGCCCUGGUCGGAGAGGGCGGCGCGGCAGCGGCCUGGCGGAGACCGUGGCUUCCGAGGGAGAGAGCGGUUUCUUGCAAGCCUCGCGUGGGUUGCUGUGUUCUGUUGGCUUUUCUUGUUGUGAUUGUGGUUGUUUUCCUUGCACACAGAGUUGGUCAAAACCGUCUUGCAUCUUGCGAAGCAACAGUGUAUUCUGGUCCGGCUGUGGCUUGAGGACCCACACCAGCGAGGUGGGGGGGAUCCCCUCCCCGCUUAAUGCGGUGAAGCUCUGAAGCUUAGAGGGAGGAACACAGCCUAACACAGCCCGUUGCUUGCUAAUCGGGUGUGAAGGUGGGGUGGGGCCCAGGAGAAGGGGGCUGCCCGCCAGGCCGAGGUCCAGGUGGGGCCGCGCGGCCGACCCUCGCUCCCAGAGGGCCCCCCCCCAACUCCGACUCGCUUUCUGUGCCAUGACUUCCCUUCUCUGAAAUUGUCGGGGGUCCUGAUUCUGUCCUCAUCUCUGAAAGAAAGCCCUCCGAUGGAAUAACCACCCCCAUCUCCCCCACCCCGCGCCCCAAAGAGUUCUCAUUUCUCUCGAAUCAGUCUAUGCAUUUCUCUCUUGAGCCGUUUUCUGCCUCUUUCCUGGGGAAAACGGGCCUCUCCUGUCCCACCGAGACCCCUCAGAAGACGCUGUGCAUUUUGGAGACGUGAGGAUUCGUGCAAAACUCUUUACCGCGUUUGAGAACAACUCGUUAGCAAAUACAAGUGGGGGAAAAAAAAGCAGCAGCAACAGAAAAGGUGGGUUUCCCCACGUCCCUUUCCACUGAGUAAGACCUAGCUCUUUGCAAUGUGCAAUAACUACUUGCCGCGAGGGCGGGGAGCACCACGCUCCUGCCCAGACUACUAACACAGCACAAGACAAGCUCGCUCGCAGAGUGGCGGACUUCUUCCGGAAAACUCUUCAUAAGCUCAGCUCCCCCCCACCCCCACCCCCACCCCCCAGUGUAUCGUGGUGUCUUACAUUUUAGCAGUAUUUUAUAUUUUCUGUAACGCACUAAGUCUUAGAUGUUUUUAGAGCUCGUUUGUUACUACAAUCACAGACCUUUUUUUUUUUUUUAAAUCCUCACAGAGACCCGAUUGACCAAAAACAAAAACAAAAAACAAACGAAAAAAAAAAAAAAAAGGCGUCGUUUUUGUACAAAUAGCUUUGAGAAGCCUCUGUUGUGUUGCUGUGACCCAUCUCUGGUAACAUUUUUUUUUUCUUGCUAUUUGUUUUGGACAUUAAGAGUCAAAAGUUGAUCCAGCUGGCGUGGGGGUGGGGGAGGCACCCGUCGGCCCCUCGACGUCGUCCCUUCUGUCUUUGGUUAGCCAUACGAUGUCUGUUCUCAGCACUGUACAACGGUCCCUAUAUGAUAUGGAGAAGCAAUAUCACUGUAUGAAACUCACACCAUGUAUUAUUAUUAUUCACUAGCACCCUAGGUGUGAUAAUUGAAGUAAAUAUCUUUUAUACAAACACAA